ACGCCUGUCCGACAGAUGGCGGUAGAGCCCGGCUAGCGGUCUCCUGUGGCAUUUGAUUCCUCGAGCAAGAGUUCAACAGUUUCGCUCCUGAGAAGUAAUGCUCCCGUAAACACGUGGGUUUAUCCAAGAUGCCUAUCGAUACAAAACGUAUCCGUGGACCGGAGGAGUCGCAGUCCCCGCUGCUCUUUCUUUCUCCGGACAAAGCUCCCAAGGCUGGCGGCAGGCAAGGCGUCAGGGGAAAUGGAGAGGUGCGGCCGGUGUUUGCGCGCUGCGGGCUGAUCAGCCAGGCUAAGGGCUCCGCGUACCUCGAAGCUGGAAACACCAAGAUUAUAUGUUCUGUGUACGGACCGAGGGAAACCGAACGCAAGGACGAAACGGACAUGAAAACCGGCCGCCUGGUUUGCGACUUUAGGCUCGCGCCGUUUUCAUGUCUGAAACGGGGCGCCUGGAUCCAAGGCAGCGAGGAAAGAGAUCUGUCUCAGACUCUGCUGGAGAGCUUGCAGCCCGGGGUUUGCCUACACAGGUACCCGCGCUCUCAGAUUGAGGUGAAUGUCACGGUUCUGGAGAACGACGGCUCGAUCCUUGCACACGCGGUGACAUGCGCCUCUAUGGCCCUGGCGGACGGCGGCAUUGAAAUGUACGAUGUGGUGUUGGGUUGUGCGCUGCGGCAGAACGGAAACGCGUGUCUCGUUGACCCAUCAUACUCGGAAGAGUGUGGGAGCUGGCAGGAGGGUUACGGGGAGAACCAGGGGUGUGUCACCGUGGCUCUGCUUCCCAAUCUGAAUCAAGUGUCCGGUCUGAACGCGGACGGAGAGCUGCGGGAGGACAUACUGGCCGAUGCGGUGAGAACCUGCAUGGACGGCUGUCACAAACUCUAUCCGGUGCUACAGCAAGCUCUGACGCGGGCUGUGAAGAAGAAAGCUCCUCCACCCGAAAAAUAGACUUAGUUGCCGUGAUAUAAAAGUGAAUAUAUUGUUUGAAUGCAUUGCUUAUGAUACCUUCUACACUUAUUAUUGCACCAGCGUAGAACUAAUAAAGUAAACGUAUCUGAA